AUGUCAUGUUUAUGGACACAGUUAUAUGAGCCUAAAUCUAUCUAUAACUUGGAUGUGAACCGUUUAAAAAUAUCUCAAUUACAAUCAUUCUUAAAAAAUAUAAUAAGCGAUAGAGUAAAACCUUUAGAUUAUCUCUCAACCUGUCCAAUUCUUAUUUUAAGUGGUCCAUGUGGGAGUGGUAAAACAUCUAUGUUACGUGUUUUAUGCCAAAGCGAGCAAAUUGAUAUUAUAGAGUGGGAAACACCUUGUGGAGUCUCUGAAGGGUUAGGGAUUAGCUUUUAUCGAUUUAUAGUGAAUUCUAUUUUUUACAAGCCUGCUAAAAUGGAAACACCUAAACCAAGAAUAGUUUUAAUAAAGGAAUUACCUUAUACACUAGUAAAAUACAACUCUCCAAUUUGUUCUGAAAUUAAGUAUCUAUUGACAAAAAAUCAUAUGUCAGGAUGCUCUUUAGUUCCUAUUAUUUUUAUUACUAAUGAAAGUAAGCAAGAUAGAAAUUUUUUAAGGUGUAUUUUGCCCGAAAAUAGAAUAUUAACUACUCGAGGUAAUAACCGGUGCAGGAAAAAUAUUGAAACAAUAAAGUUGAACCCAUUUACACAAUCUGCAAUAAAAAAAAGACUUUAUAAUAUACUGAAACAAGAGGGGAUUAAUUGUACAGAUCGAGAAACAUCUAUUGUUAAUUCAAUUACUAUUUCUGCUAAUGGUGAUAUGUCUCAUGCUAUUAACCAAUUACAAUUUUGUAUUUCAUAUGAUACUUUUUUGAAUCCAACUACUAAUUUAAAUAUAAAUGAAGUAAGAUGUAAAUCAAAUAGAAAUAUCAAUAAUCUUAAAUAUAAAAAGUAUGCAAAUUUAUAUUCUGAAACUAAUAUGUGGUCAAUUAUUUCUGAUACUAGAGAGCACGUUGGAAAUAUAUUCAGUGUUAUAGGUAAGAUUUUAUAUAAUAAAAGAGAAUCAGUUUCUGAAAUAUAUGAUCGGGAAUUUGAAGAUUAUUCAUUUAAAUUUGGAGAACCUAGAAAGAAAAGAAGUCGAUUAAAAAGAUUAGAUGAGACUACAAAUAAUGAAAACUUGGAAAGUAAUUCAAAAUUUUUAAAUAAGAAUAUAUACUUAUUAAAUAAAAGUUUUUUACAGCAUGAUUUCUUUUUAAAUAGAAUAAGAUCUUCAAAUAUGAAAAGAGAUCUUGCUUUUGAUCCUGAAAGUAUCAUAUCAUCAACAGAUAUGGAUGAUGGAACAUUGGCAUUACUACUACAUGAGAAUUACAUCCAUUUUAUUGGAAAAGAAGACGAUCUUGCUCUUUGUGCUGAUAUAUUUUCUUUCGUGGAUUCAAUAUUUUCAAAUAGGAAUUUCGAUUCUAAUUUUUUGUCGUCAGUAUGUAUAUCUAGAGGUAUUUUACUAUAUAAUACUGAACCUUUGAACCCUUGUUCCAGGCAAGAAAAUCAGAAUUUUGAUAAUAAUAAUAUUUAUAAAAAGCCCAAAAGAUCUCAAAUGGGGUUUAUAAAUAAAUCAUAUGAAGAAAAUACAAUGAAUACAUCCUCUAGAUGGACUCCUAAAGGUUCACAACUAAAGACAUUUUUUAAUGAACUUAAACUUCUUAAAGAUGAGAUAUCUAGUUCAUGUGCUGAUAUUCUAAAGAAUAAAUCGGGAAUAUUAUUUAAAAUGUCAUUUACACUUAAUUUUAGUAGAUCACUGCUUGUCGAACUUUUUCCUUAUAUACAUAUAAUACUAAAAUUUACAAGUGGAAAUUAUCCUGGGAUUAUAAACUGGAUAAAUGAAUCAUUAUUAAAUUGUGUAUAUAAAUGUAACAAGUAUGAAAAGUAUGUUUUGGAUAACAAUCAAGAUCCUAGAGGAUAUAACCCACUGUAUAAUUAUAAUACAAACUAUAAUUAUCCUAUUGAUAUAGAUUCUACAUCAAAAGAUGUACUAACUGAUGAACAGCUUGUAUCAAUACUUGAAACUUAUGAUAUAGGCCUGAUUCCUACCACAGAAUGCUUAUCUAAUUCAUAUAUCAAAUCUGGUUUUAGUUCUAUUAUACAGAAUAUAGAGUCAGAAGAUGAAAUACAAGAUUGA